AUGAUCGAAAACGGUAUCAAAACUGGUGAAGUUAAGCCUUUGCCGAUUACAAUAUUCGAGAGUGAUCAAAUUGAAGAAGCUUUCCGUUAUAUGGCAAGCGGUAAACACUUGGGUAAAGUGUUGAUCAAAAUGCGGGAUGAGAAAACAGAGCCGAUCCCACGACCAAAGAUAUUACCUGCCAUUGGUCAAACCUUUUUCCGUCCUGAUAAAUGUUAUAUAAUUACUGGUGGAUUGGGAGGAUUAGGGUUAGAGUUGGCUCACUGGAUGAUCAAAAGAUGCGCAACCAAACUCAUAUUGACAUCUAGGCGAGGUCCUCGAGAGCCUUAUCAACACCUUAUGUUGGACCGACUUCAGAAAGAUCAAUUUUUCAAUACAAAAAUAAUUGUUUCCAAUGAAGACUGUCAGACGAUUGAAUCAGUUAAACGUUUAUUGAAACAAGCUUCUUCUCUUGGUCCAAUUGGAGGUAUUUUUCAUCUAGCAAUGGUUCUUAAAGAUGCUUUGUUUGAAAAUCAAACUAUUUCAACUUUCGAAGAAGUUAUAACACCUAAAGCAUUAUCUGGACUAUAUCUUGAUCAAAUAACUCGUUCAAUGGGACUUGAUUUAGAUUAUUUUGUGUGUUUUUCAUCAGUUUCGUCGGGUAAAGGUAAUCCUGGUCAAUCUAAUUAUGGAUUUGCUAAUUCUUCUCUUGAAAGGAUUUGUGAAAAACGUCGAGCUGAUGGAUUGCAUGGAUUAGCCAUACAAUGGGGGGCUUUGGGUGAUGUAGGUGUUGUUGCUGAGCUGAUGGGAGGAAAUGAUAUCAACAUUGCGGGAACAAAUCCUCAACGGCUUCCCUCAAUAUUUGAAACACUUGAUAAAUUCUUGUUAACUUCUAACCCAGUUGUUUCAUCAAUUGUAUUAGCUGACAAACGAAGAGCGGCUAAUGCAGGGAAAGAAUCAUUAUUACGAGUGAUUUGUCACAUUCUUGGUGUUAAAGAUCCAUCCAAACUUGAUCCUGAAUCAACCUUAAGUGAUUUGGGGCUCGAUUCAUUGAUGGCUGUUGAAAUUAAACAAGGUUUAGAACGUGAUUAUAAUCUUGUUUUAUCCACUCAAGAAAUUCGUAAUAUUAAGAUAAAAGAUAUACCUGGAAUAGAAGAAAGAAAGAAGACAAUGAUCGAAAAUGGAGGUGGAAAAGAAGGGUCAGCUGACGGCAAUGAAAAUGGAUUGACUGAUGCUGCUAUGUCGUUAUCGAUUGAUCCAUUAACCAUACCAAAUGAUAUUUUCGUACCUUUAACAAUUCGUAAUGGCUCUUGUGUACUUUACUUCCCUCCUAUUGAAGGAAAUUUCAUGUCGAUUAAACCCGUUCUUGAGUAUAUUAUGAGACCAAUAACUGGAGUUAAUUGGACAGCUGAUUGUAUUAAAUAUGAAUCAAUUCAACGAGUAGCUGAAUAUUAUGUUAACCAAAUACGUGAAAAGUAUCCCAAUGAGGCACAAUUUGAUUUGGUUGGUUAUUCAUUUGGUGGUCUAGUAGCUAUGGAAGUAGCCAUGCAAUUGCAGCAGAAAUUUGGUACCCAAAGUGCGAACAGAUUAGUUUUACUUGAUGCAUCUCCUGAUCUACUCCAAGCCCGAGCUCGGUCAUUGAUUAAGCGAGAACAGGUUGUGGAUGAGAAUGAAGCUCAUGUCAACUGGCUCGUUGGAUUUUCAUCGCUGUUCGUCCCAGUUGAAUCAAGUGAUAAACUGAAGACACAGUUGUUAAAUUUAAAAACGAAACAAGAAAGAUGCCAAUUCAUGUCCGAAAUAAUCUCAAAAGUAUCCGCAUUUAAAUGUGAUGGAGAUAAACUUUCCCAGGCAGCUGAUCAUCAUUUCCAUAAAAUCAAAUUGGCUUACUUCUAUAAGGUUGAGAAAAAGUUCACUGGUGAUUUGGUUCUCAUUCGAUGCACAGAGCCAGAAGAGGAAGACGCUGAAGAAUUUUCAAAUCCAGAUUAUAAUUUAUCCAAGUAUGUUAAUGGUAAAGUAACAGCAUAUCGAGUCCAAGGAAACCACAAAUCAUUCCUAAGUGAAUACUGUGAACAAGUUGGAUCCUACCUUGAUUCAUCUCUCAACUAUCUAACCUUUGCUUGAUUUCCUUGAUAAACCAUUUUAAAUUGUGAACUAAUUUACAUAAUUAUAUUAUCUAUUUCUUAAGGUAAGCAUUUAUGUAUACAAGUAAUAACCAAAUUAUCAAUUCUUGCA